GUGAUUCUACAAUCUCGCGUGAUGAGAUUUGUGCUGUCGGGAUUAUCUGUAGGAGAAGGAUCUUGCAAUUAACAGCUGUGUGGGAGGUGGAAGUAGCGAUCCGAGUGUGCGGUCUGUGUAAAGAAAAGCGGCAGUGUUCCGCAAAAAGCGGAGCUGUCGGGCAGCAUGUCCUCGCCCUCUGUUCCAAAGUCUGCAGCUCGCUGGCAGCAGGGUUGAACCCGGUCCAACACAGGAUAUGAUUCACUUUGCUCCUUAUUUGACAUGGAAAGCAACCAAGGAUUGGAUAGAUGAGGUACAAUGAAUGCAAUAACCUAGAAUUCAUCUCAUCCUUGUGAUGGAUAUGAAAGUAUGGAGGAACAAAUGCAAGGGGAUUUGGAAAAACAUGGAGACACACCCCACGUCCUACCCUUUAAUAAGGACCAAGAGUUCUUCAGGUUAGAAAAUGCCUAUAGCCCUUUCACUAAUCAAGACGUGAAGCUUAAUGUACAACAGAAUGGCACAGGAACGCCAUAUGCAGAUUUAGGGAAACUUAAUCAAAACCGCUUUUUGCCCAGUCAAGGUUUUAUAAAUAAUGCAAAGGGGAAUGAGAAGAAAUUGACAGCAGACCACUUUAUCAAGGCAGGAGAACAAGGGAGCAAAACAUUUCUUUUUGAAGAGAAUAUUAUAUAUUCUGGUAAACAUUCAGAGCAUCAAUCAGUAUCAGAGACAGUAGGGUGCAGUAAGCUUGACUCGCCAACUCUCCAGUCUGAUCGCGGAUGUGUUAAAGAAAACUAUGAUUCUAAUUGUGAUAACUACUUAGACUCUGAUGAUCAUUCGUUAGGGCGAGGCUGCCAUCAUUUUUCAUCUUACCAGCAGCAACCUUUAGAUGGUGAAGGAGAUGAAGAUGCAGACUGUGAGAGGCAAAUAGAAGGUGAAGAGGAUCUAGGAAAGGGGACAGGGGGAAGGAAAACAAGUCGCAGAGGAAAAAGCCGUACCCAUAUUAGAUGGGAUGGUCAUCAGACUUCAAACUCUGGAGGUAAGCACAAGGUUGGCCGCAAAAAAAGCUAUGCAGAUGGACGACAUGACCUACGGUCUCUGGUUCCUCAGCCCUUAAUGUGGCUUGCAACAUCUUGUUUCCAUAUGCUUAUUAAUUUCGUGCUUGUGAUUGGGGAAUAUGUAGAGACACUGGGAAUGCUAUUGUACACAAAAGUGUGGCUGCCAGCUCGUGACCUGGACCUUUUAAAAAUUCAGCUUAGGACUUUUGGUCAGUGGUUAAACCAUUGGAAAAAGGAUUUGUGGAACUGGUCUUUAGCAUGUGGUUUAUGGCUUUUGUCUAUGAUGAAAAUGGCCUGUGCCCUGUUGUUUCUGGUUCUAAUGCUUUCAGUGGGCUCUGCUCGUCUGUGUUGGCAGUACAUUAAAAGAGCACUGGACAGACUAAUAGUUAGCAAAUACCGUGCAUCUGGAUUCUCACUAAAACUUCACACAGUCUGGGAAAUAAUAACCCAAAAUAGAACUUUUAGCCGAUUUUUUAAUAAUCUCAAGCGAUGGACUUCAAGUAUAUGGCCUUUAAAGUUAAGGAAAGCCCAGGACACUUCACGGGCAUCAACAGGAUCUCCAAGAAUGGGCAAGGUCCAACCUGGGGAGGAAGUAGAACGUCUUUUAACUAUGGCGGAUAUUCCAGAGGAAGACCUAAACCCUUUUCUGGUGUUGGGGGUGGAAAUGAAUGCUUCUGAAGGAGAGCUCAAAAAAGCAUAUCGUCAGAUGGCUGUGCUCGUUCAUCCCGACAAGAAUAAUCACCCACGUGCCGAAGAAGCUUUCAAAGUUUUGCGUGCCGCUUGGGACACUGUCAGCAACCCAGAGAAGCGCAGGGAGUAUGAAAUGAAGCGUAUGUCUGAAACUGAGCUAGCCAAGUCUAUGAAUGAGUUCCUCGGCAAACUGCAGGAUGAUCUGAAGGAAGCAAUGAACAGCAUGAUGUGUAGCAAGUGUCAAGGAAAACACAAGAGGUUUGAACUGGACCGUGACCCUGCAAAUGCCCGUUACUGUGCCGAGUGUGGAAAGAUGCAUUCAGCAGAAGAAGGAGACUUUUGGGCAGAGUCCAGUAUGCUUGGGCUGAAAAUAACAUACUUUGCCAUGAUGCAAGGAAAAGUGUUUGACAUAACAGAAUGGGCAGGAUGCCAGCGUGUGGUCAUUUCACCUGAUACUCACCGUGUUCCUUAUCACAUUUCAUUUGGCUCAAGAAAUCCCUCAAACACAGGCCGACAAAGGGCUCCAUCUGAAAGCUGUCCCACCUCUGUUGCCGAUUUGCAAAACCUUUUCAACCGGAUAUUCCAAGGCUCUCUUGGUCCAAUGCCCAAUGGAAACAUCUUUAAUGCUACCCAGUCUCCACCACAUGGACCUCAGUCCCCAUCUGGACAAUCGAAACCUGAAACUGCACCCAGAAGCGACACAAAAUCCAAGAAGAAGAAAAAAAUGAGACGUCCCGUACAACGAUGAACAAGGAUUUUAUCAAAACAAACUAUAACUACAUGGGGCACAGCGUUCGUGUGGACCUACAGAGCCCUGAAUGGGGGGAGGGGGGAUGUGAAAUGUACAUGGCAGAAACUUGUGGCUAGUUUUUCCAAUACUUGGUUCAAGUCAAAAUGUACAGAUUUAGUAGAACUCCAGCUGCCAAGGGCAUAUCCUAUGUCUUUGUUUUAUUAAAUCCCUUUUUAGUAUUGUCCCCUUUUCAUUGACGCAGAGGGCCAGUGCUGCUUGUCCUUUCACUGGAAAGGAAUUCACUGACAGUCAGCAGAGCUCUUUUUUGUCCCUUCUCACAAUACCAAAGAUUCAGGGUGCAAACCUUUCUGGGGUGCAGGCACCAUGUUUGUAUCCACAUCACUCGAUUUCCAGACCCAAUUUAGCUGGGAAUCAAAUGCAUUACUGAAUGUACAGAUUACUUGUAGAGAAAUCAUUUUAAGUUCAUUCUGUCAUUAUACCUAGGGGGUUAUUUAUUAACAAUUUUUUUUGUGGCAUCUGUUUUGUUGCCAAAAACCCGUGAAAGGUCUGAAUCCGAUAAUAUGCCAUCUAAAACCUGCCGAAUUCACGUUAAAGUCAAUGGUAGAUUUCCCCUUAACCAGUUUCACACUGGUUUAUUCACCAAAACUCGUGUUUUUCAGGUUGCCAAAUUCGAAAAAGUUUUUUCCAUGCUACAAUCCUUAAAAAAAAAAAAAAAAAAAGUCCCAGUUUUUCCCGAUCUGUUUUUUUUUAUUGAUAAAUAAAGGCAAA